CUGCAUGGUUAACUUGUCUUUCCUUGACCAGGGUCCAGCCUGCUUCAUCAAUCGCUCUAGUGAUGCAGUUGCAGGCAUCAGGAGGUUAUGAUAUCUAUGGACAUGAAGUGACACACUUAGCACCACGAGGCUGGCUGAAGCUCCAUAUCUUCGACCAUCACAAUCGUAUGAUCAGUGGGAGAUGGAAAGUUCCCGUUCGUCUGCUUCCAGCCAAACCCUCAAUGACCACGGCAGAAGUCAAUGCUGUUCCACAGCUGGACAAUGCAGAACUGUACCUGAGAAUCUUUAACACAAGAGAUGCUGAGAUUCAGAGCUCUGUUCCAAUCACUGUCAACAACGCUGGGAUCUACCAAUUCCCCCUUGUGCAAACUCCUAAACACUCUGUGGGCAUGCAGGAGUCUCAUGAAACCAUCCGAUCUCCAGCUGUUCAGAGUGCUCGGGUCCAUGCAUCAGCCUUCAGUCAACGCCCUGUAAACUCUGCUUCAUAA